AUUUCAUCAUAAAUAAUUAUCUGUCUACGGUCCACACACAUACACAUUGGCCUCACCUCUGUCAAAACUCGGCGUUGUUCAACAGAAUCUUCUCGCCUUUCAAUCCUUCCUUGUUCCACUGCUUCUCUCUCUCUCAUUUCACACUACUCACUUUAUAUAUUAUUAUAUACAUACACAGACACGCAUCAACAACAGCGAAGAUAUAAUCAACCGCAGGAAGAAAAUGGGAUCGUUAAUCCCGCCGGAGCUCACGUUAGAUUGUAGUCGUCCAUCGGAAACCUGGGUCCCGAAAACUACCGGUGAGUUUCUUGCUGAGGUUUCGGGGAUUCAGAGCGCGUCUGAGAAGGUUUUGAAGCUUGAUCGUUACGUUAGUAGGCUGCAGGAUGAGAUGAAGAAGAUCGAUGCGUUCAAACGGGAGCUCCCUCUUUGCAUGCUCCUCCUCAACGAUGCGAUUGCGACAGUGAAAGAGGAGCUAAUGCAGUGCAAGAAAUCAAAUGCGGAGCCAGUGCUGGAAGAAUUCAUACCGUUGAAGAAAAACAGCGCCGGUGAAGAAAAGGAUGAGACAAAUGAGGGUGGUAAAGAGAAGGAGAUUGUCAACAACAGCGAGAAAAUGAAUUGGAUGAGCUCUGUGCAGUUAUGGAACUCCGACAACAACUAUAAUCUCUCCGACCCAAAACUAGAUAGCAAUAAAAAGAGAAAGGAAGAAGUGAUUAAUCGGCCGGCGAUGGAUGAUUUGUUCCCGAGUAGUAAGAACAGGGCAAGAGGGAGGGCGUUUGCGCCUUUCAAGGGAUGUCCUAAUUUUCCGGUGGUGCCGAUGGGGAAGGAAGGCAGAGAUGAACUGCCAGGAGCGCCGUCGCUUUCGCUUCGCACACCUGAAAUCAACAACUCAAAGGAUGAGAUUUAUUGCAGUGGGUUAAGCUCAAAAUCCAGUUCUAGCAGAUCAGGAUCCUCAUCUGCAACUAAUGGUCAAUCAAGUUUGAAGACCGUGCACCAGCAAACUGCUCGGAAGCAACGGAGAUGCUGGUCGCCGGAGUUGCACCGCCGUUUCGUGAAUGCCCUGCAGCAUCUUGGUGGUGCUCAAGCUGCUACUCCCAAGCAAAUCAGGGAGCUUAUGCAAGUCGAUGGGCUGACCAACGACGAAGUGAAAAGUCAUUUACAGAAAUACCGGCUCCACACGCGAAAAGUUCCUCCGACAACAAACAUCUCGACCAAUCAGCCUGUUUUGCUGGGAGGUUUGUGGAUGUCCCAAGAACAAUGUGGUGAAUCUUCAAAGCCGAGCAAUUCCCAGUCUGGCUCACCUCAGGGCCCGCUUCACUUACCGGGAUCAUCGAGGGGAACGUCAGUCACUGGGGGCGAUAGCAUGGUAGACGAAGACGAUGAAAGAUCAGAGAGCCGCAAUUACUUGUCCGGGAGAGAUGAUGUAUAGACAUGUCCACCAUGAGCUUUUUGCAGAUACAGAGAAAGUGAUGAUACAUGGGAGGACUUCUGAUCAUAAUAAACUUUACUAUACAGUAACAUAGAGAAAUAUGCUGAGGCAGUGUGUGUGUGUGUGUGCGUGUCUGAAAUUUUUGUAGGAUUAGAUGAUGAAUUUAGAUCCUCUGCGGUUUUCUUGAAUUGAGUUAUGAUUUGUUCUGGUGUUGAGACAUAAGGAACUUCAGGUUUUAAGUCCAUUUCUUGAAGUGAUGAGUUACAAUUUCCUGGUAAA